AUGCCGACCCUGCCUCGCUGCCAGGUGGCAGAAAGGGACGCCACCAGGGAGCCUCUCCCCGCGCUCCCGCAUUCUCGAGCUCGGACGUUGGGACCCAAAAUGAGGACGCCGUCCUGGCUGCUCUGCGGAGUGUCCAUCGCUCUUCCACUUUUUGUCCGAGCAGAUACUUGCAAGGACACGGAUAUGCAUCAUGAGGCAGCAUCAGCAGACCAGCCCUUUGCCUUCAAUUGUACAAACCCUCCGCUCACAUAUGGGGAAGUAAAUGUAGUGUGGUACCGUGCUGCUAGCAAAGCCCCCAUUUCCAAAGACAAUCAGUCUAGAAUUCACCAGGAACACACCUGGAUUUUGAUUCUUCCUCUGAAACUGGAGGACUCGGGCAUCUACCUAUGUGUUAUAAAGAAUGCCAACAACUGUGUCAGAAUAUGGAUGAACCUAACUGUUUUUGAAAAACAUUGGUGUGAUAAUUCCAGAAGGAGUCUACCCAACUUAUCAGAUGACUACCAACAAAUAUUACGUAUCGGACCCAGUGACAGUCUGACCUGUCAUCUGUACUUUCCAGAGACUUGUGUUUUGGGUCCAAUAAUGUGGUAUAAGGAUUGUAAAGAGAUCACAGAGACACGGUUUGUUCCUGUGGAAAUGAAGCUUGUUGUGUAUGAUGUCUCUGCAGAGGACAGCGGGAGCUAUGCGUGUGCAGCCGAGCUGACACAUGCCGGGAGAGCAUACAGGGUUCUGAACAGCAUCAACGUGAGCAUCGCAGGAAGAGUUGGAAAUGAAAGAAGAAUUCCUAAAAUAAUUUAUCCAAAAAACAAUUCCAUUGAAGUACAACUUGGCUCCACUCUCAUUGUGGACUGCAACAUAACAGACUCGAAGGAGAACACCAACCUGCGAUGCUGGAGGGUCAACAGUACUUUGGUGGACACCUACUACAAUGAAUCCAAACGCAUCAGAGAGGGAAUCGAAACCAAUGUUUCUUUUCCGGAACACAUUUUCUACACGGUAAACAUAACCUUCUUAGAAGUGAAAAUGGAAGAUUACGGACUUCCAUUCAUGUGUCAUGCUGGAGUGUCCACAGCCUACUUUAUGCUAACGCUCCCAGCUCCAGAUUUCCGCGCUUACUUGGUAGGAGGGCUGAUUGCUUUGGCCAUUGUGGUCACAUCUGUUCUAUGCAUCUACAAUUAUUUUAAGAUCGACAUUGUACUUUGGUAUCGGAGUGCCUUCAGUUCUACCAAGGCCAUAGAAGACGGGAAGCUGUAUGAUGCGUACGUCUUGUACCCCAAGCCUCAAAAAGAAAGCCAGAGGCAUGAUGUGGAUACUCUGGUGUUGAAGCUCCUGCCCGAGGUGCUGGAGAGACAGUGCAGAUACAAGUUGUUCAUAUUCGGCAGGGAUGAAUUCCCUGGACAAGCUGUGGCCAAUGUCAUUGAUGAAAACAUUAAGCUGUGCAGGAGGCUGAUCCUCAUUAUAGUCCCCGAGUCGCCCAGCUUUGGUCUGCUAAAGAACAUGUCAGAAGAACAAAUCGCCGUCUACAACGCCCUCAUCCAGCUUGGGAUGAAGGUCAUUCUGAUUGAACUGGAGAAGAUUGAGGACUACACCACCAUGCCAGAGUCAAUUCAGUACAUGAGACAGAAGCACGGGGCCAUCCAGUGGAGGGGGGACCUCACAGAGUCAUCUCAGUGUGCCAAGACCAAGUUCUGGAAAAGAGUGAGAUACCACAUGCCGCCCAAAAGGUUCCCGCCUUCCUCAGGUCCACUCACUGAAGCUCGUACCCUGCAAUUUCCCAGCCAGCAAAUGGAGACCAAAAUGGGGCUCAUCAGCCGCUGA